UCAAAAACUUGUAAACAGGAUCCAUUCAUUUUACGUGCAAAACGGAAUCGAUGGCAUCUCCGGCGAUAGCAAAGGCGGCGGAGAGAAUCGGAAAUUCAGUCCGGCGACAAGCAAUAACGCUUACGGACGCGGCGGCGGCACGAAUAAGUAAUCUUCUUCAGCAGCGGCAGCGUCCUUUUCUUAAGCUUGGUGUUAAAGCUCGUGGAUGUAAUGGUUUGUCGUACACGCUUAAUUAUGCAGACGAGAAGGGUAAAUUUGACGAGUUGAUUGAAGAGAAGGGGGUAAAAGUACUUAUUGAUCCUAAGGCAUUGAUGCACGUGAUUGGUACCAAGAUGGAUUUUGUUGAUGAUAAAUUGAGGUCUGAAUUCAUUUUUAUUAAUCCCAAUUCCAAAGGGCAAUGUGGUUGUGGUGAGUCUUUCAUGACAACAGCCAGUAAAGGACCUGGAAAGUGAGAUGAUUUUCACUGAGACAUGAUGUUUAUAAUGUACUUUUCACUAGGAUAGACAAAAGCAUAAAAUAAAGAAUUAUUCCUCAUCUGCCAUAUCUUAUACAUAUCUUUUUUACUGUGUUUAUUAGAUGUAAAAAUUGCCAGUCAUGGCUUUUGUAUAAUCUACUGAUACUGAUUCUUCAGAAUUACCAAGCAGUAAAGUUAACUUUGUAGCAAA